AUGGCAAGUGCAGCAUUUGGGCCCAGUAAACAGGAAGAAGAGGACUAUGAAGAUGUUCCCAUAAAUAAGACCUGGGUCCUAUCACCGAAGGUCUAUGAGAGCGAUGUGACUUUGAUCCUAAAUAAACUGCUGCAGGGCUAUGACAACAAACUGCGGCCUGACAUCGGAGGCAAGCCAACGGUGAUUGAAACAGCCGUGUAUGUCAACAGCAUUGGACCAGUGGACCCCAUCAACAUGGAAUAUACCAUUGACAUCUUCUUUGCCCAGACAUGGUAUGACAGCCGACUCAAGUUUAACAGCUCUAUGAAGCUGCUCAUGCUCAACAGUAACAUGGUAGGCAAAAUCUGGAUUCCAGACACAUUCUUCAGGAACUCCCGCAAAUCAGAUGCACACUGGAUUACCACUCCCAACCGUCUCCUGAGGCUGUGGAGCAACGGGAGGGUCAUGUACACACUAAGGUUGACUAUUAAUGCGGAGUGUUACCUUAAGCUGCAUAACUUUCCAAUGGAUGAGCACUCGUGUCCACUGGAGUUUUCAAGCUGUGCAGACAAUGCUGAGUCCCUUGCUGAUGACUGGGGCCGCAGACGACCCAGAGGUGUGGAGCUGCAGGCCUGCUGGCCCGAGCAGCAGCAGCCCUGGAUGUCAAGAGGGGGCCGGAUGUGA